GUUCUUGGUCCCCCUAGCAACCAGGCGUUGCGGCUGCUGCGUGGAGUCAGCGUCCGAACCUGCGACUGGGAAGGAGGCUGGCCCAGAGAUGAACCAGAUAUGUGGGUCGAUAGAGCCCAGAGUGAUGGACGACGACAUGCUGAAGAUGGCAGUGGCCGAGCAGGGGCCCCGAGAGGAGGCCGGGCAGCUGGCCAAGCAGGAGGGCAUCCUCUUCAAGGACGUCCUGUCCCUGCAGCUGGACUUCCAGAACAUCCUCCAGAUAGACAACCUCUGGCAGUUUGAGAACCUGAGGAAGUUGCAGCUGGACAAUAACGUCAUUGAGAGGAUCCAGGGUCUGGAGAAACUCACACACCUGGUCUGGCUGGAUCUGUCCUUCAACAACAUCGAGGCCAUCGAAGGGCUGGACACACUGGUGAACCUGGAAGACCUGAGUCUGUUCAAUAACCGCAUCUCCAAGAUUGACUCCCUGGACGCUCUGGUCAAGUUGCAGGUGCUGUGUCUGGGCAACAACGAGGUGUCCAACAUGAUGAACGUCAUCUACCUACGGCGAUUCAAGAACCUGCGGACGCUCAGUCUCUCUGGGAACCCCAUCUCAGAGGCAGAGGAUUACAAAAUGUUCAUCUGCGCCUACCUCCCCGACCUUGUGUACCUGGACUUCCGGCGUAUCGAUGACCACACAGCUGGGUUCAUCGAACACCUUAAUGGUUCCUUCCUGUUUGACAGCAUGUACUCGGAGGAUGUGGAGGGCAACAAGCUGUCCUAUCUUCCUGGUGUCAGCGAGCUCCUCGGGGCAUAUCCUUUCAAGCUCCUCCUGCCCCUGCUGGCAGAACCCAGGGUACCUGUGCCACCACCGUGCCUCCGGCAAGUCCUGGCCUCUCGGAACCCCAGCCUUCUCCUCUCUCUCAUUUGCUCCAAGUUCCUGGAACUCAGUGUUUGCUCCAAGUUCCUGGAACAUCCAGACAGGUACACAAUCGAGGUUUACUCAGAGUCUCCACACAACUUGAAUGCUAUUCGAGAGGAGUCCGAGAUGCCCGCCAUUGAGAUGAAGAUCGUGGAGUGUGGCGAGAACAUCACGCAGCUCUUCAACGAGCUCAUGUCCCUGGAAAUGCAGCUGGUAGAACAGCUGGAGGAAACGAUAAACAUGUUUGAGAGGAACAUCAUAGACCUGGUGGGACUCUUUAUCGAAAAUGUGCAAGGCCUCAUGGCUCAGUGCCGGGACCUGGAGAACCACCACCACGAGAAGCUCCUGGAGAUUGCCAUCAACACCCUGGAGAAGAUCGUCAAGGGCGAGUUCGAUGAAGACCUGCCUGACGAUGUCCGGGCGCUUUUUGUCGACAAAGACACCAUCGUCAACGCGGUGGGCGCCUCCCAUGACAUCCACCUGCUGAAGAUUGACAACCGGGAGGACGAGCUGGUCACCAGAGUCAACUCGUGGUGCACGCAGCUGGUGGACAAGAUUCACGUCAAUGAAAUCACCAGGAACCGCAGGCGUGUGAAGGAGAUCAACCAGUACAUCGACCACAUGCAGAAUGAGUUGGACAACCUGGAGCUCAGCGAUACGCUCGACUAGGUGUGUGUCAGCCCUCAAGCCCCUGCAGGAGGAGGCAGCUGGACGCUGACGGUGUCUGCACAGGGACUUGCUACAACUCCCCAGCCACCGCCCCGGGCGCGACCCUUCCCCACCCCAGGACAAUCUCCAGAUGCAGAA